GUAGAUGAAAGCGUAGGUGAUCACCAAUUACUAUUAUGACAAAGCUAACCUUGUUUUUGCGUUUUGUUCCUUUGAUAGAAUUGAGUUUGUUACUUUAAUUUGAAAUUGUUCUUCGUAAAAGGACAAGCGCCCCUAAACACAAAAAAGAAGGAGUAUAUUCUUAAGUCCAAUCAUGAUCGCACGAAUAUUAUAACCUGUAUCGGCAUCGUGACCACGUGUUUGUCGUUUAGCGUAAACGAAAUGAUUUUGACAGAACUCGCCACGAAACUCGGAAACAUGCCGAAAAAAAUGCAAGUUAAGUCAGAGAUAGAGGAAAUAAAUGCUGCUGCAGCAGAGAAUGUAAAUAGCGACUAUGAAGAAAAUGAAGAAGAUGAAUCUGAUAGCAUAGACAUGAAGGAUAACACUGAUAACAAUAUGUCACACAAUGCUGAAUCUACUGUAAAUGCAGGCUGGGCUGAUGUUAUGCAAAAGAUUUUGAAAACAAAUAAACCAAAGGGAAAGAAGACACUUGUAUUGGCCAAGGCAAAGAAAUUAUAUGACCUAAAAACAAAAGAAAAGGAAGAAGAUAUUUCUUUCGAGAUUGAUGGCAUCAAAGCUGAAGUCAAAACAGAAUCAGAUGAAGCUAGUAAUAAGAAGAAACAAUGUUCAGUGCAGACUAAAUCGAGAAUAAGGGAGAAAAAUCUUAGUAUCAGAUUAAAACCAUCCAUUACAGAUCGGGAGCAUGAAAGAAUGUUGCAAAAAAUAGCGACAAAAGGAGUCGUGCAAUUGUUUAAUGCAGUAAAACAGCAACAAACGGUAAUUCAGAAAAAAUUGGUGCAAGCAGGACCAUUGGAAAGAAAACGUGAACAAAUAUACAAAAGUAUUAACAAAAAUGACUUCCUUGAUAUUCUUAUGGGUGGCAACAAAAGUAUAAAAGUUGAUAAUCCUGUCAAAUCUGAGAAACCUGUUGAGCAGACAAAUGAUAAAAACAAAGACAAUACAAUGUGGAGUGUUCUUCGAGAUGAUUUUGUCAUGGGAGCUAAGUUGAAAGACUGGGACAAAAAGGAAGCAGAAGAAGAUUCUUCAGCUCCUGAAGGCAUGGAUAGCGAUUGAAAAGUGAAAGAUUCUUCUGCUAUGAAUCCGUAUUGUAUAAAAUUUUAUACAAUUUUAAUUUAUUAUAGAAAUGUCGAUAUUGACUAUAUACAUAAUUGACUGUGUUGAUAUUUCUCGUUGUAAUAUUAGUAAAUAUUACGAGUAAAUAUUACGAGUAAAUAUUACGAAUUAAAACUAAAUUAUGAAUUUAUUUGUGUA